CAAAAUUCUGACAACAAGGUACACGGAUGAAAGUUACUGCUAGUGAUAGCUGUCCCGGACAAAUAAGGAAACCUAACUUUAUAGCCUAAUGUUUCUGCAGUGCAGCGUUUGAUAAUGAACCAUUUAAAUCAUGGCUCGUAAUGUUUUUCAUACGAAGCCAACCAUUUUCAAUGAUGUACAAAUUUGGACUUGAACAAAGCCACAGAAAAACUUGAAUUCUUAUUGUAAAAAUGGUUUCCUUUUACUCAGGAAAAAGAUAACAACAAAGUAGCAACACCACUGGGUUCUACUGGGACUUUGGUCUGUUAUCUCAAAGAAACAAACAAUAACAAGAGACUUAUAAUAACAAUUAGAAGAUCUACAGAAGAAAAACAGCCUCCAGUCAAAGAGCCAGACGAUGAAAUAUCAAUUUUGGAAGAGAGGUCCACCAAGGCACCCAAAAUGGAAAAGAAAAAAGGCAGUACAGCAAGAAAGAAAAAAGCUGAACCAGCUACCCAAGCAAUUAAAGACAAAAAAGUAACAAAGAAAGGAAACAGUGAGCAUAAUGAUGGCCUGAAGCAAAGUGUAUUAACAUCACAUUUUCAAGUCAGACGUAGCAACAGAAGAAGCAAGUCUACAUUGAAGGUUGAAAAGGAGAAAGCCAUAGCGCAAAAACUGCUUGAUGAAGAUGAAAGUGGCUUGGAGGUUCGAGUUCUACCUGAAAAAGGUCGAGGGGUAUUUGCCGUGAAUGCAUUCAAGAGAGGAGAACUCAUUUGUGAGUAUGCAGGCGAAUUGAUUGAUUGCGAGGCUGGACUGCUACGUGAGGCUGAGUAUUCGUUGAACCCAGAAUUGGGAUGCUACAGCUAUUUCUUUGAAUACCAAAACAAGAAGUACUGCAUCGAUGCAACGAAAGAAUCAGGACGCCUUGGCCGACUCCUCAAUCACAGUAAAACAGAAAACAAUGUUUGUACGAGAAUUUUUCCUAUUAAAGACGAACCAAGGUUGAUAUUGGUUGCAAAGAGAGAUAUCGAAUCUGGCGAAGAACUUUUAUAUGAUUACGGUGAGCGAAGUAAAUCUGCGGUCGAGAGUCAUCCCUGGCUGAAGUCAUAAGUUUUUUACCUUUCAAUCAACUGCUCCUAGCAUAUUUUAAGCUCUUCCUGUUCUUUAUGUUAGUCUGCUCUACUGACAAAUCGCCGUAUUCGACAUCGAGAUUACUGCCUCAGUUGCAAUCAAAGGGGAUACAGACGGUUGCUUCAGCAAGAUUCAGUCAUACUGGCAACGGACAUCACUCUGUGAUAGUUUCCCGUUUAAUAUCCCAACAAUUUCCCUUUUAUUUCGAGGGCAUGGAUAUGAAAUAUAUCCGAGAUAAAGAACCACUAUCCUUUUACGUUGAGACCUUUCCAGAUGAAUUUUAAAUUUUGUUCUGUUCGAAUUUAUCUCUUUUUUGUGACUGUUAUUUUGAUUUUGAGGGCGCGAGAUUGUAGGUGCCUUGAAAUUCAUUAGUUGCAAAAAAAUAUUUCCUGGAUUUUUUUCCUGGAGGACACAUAUUUUAUUCAUAAAGCGUUGUUAUUUUGCUAGAAAUCUUUUGGAAUGUUCUUAAAUAUCUGUUUUAGAAAAUAUUUGAGCAAAUUACACUAUUUUUAUCAAUUGUAAGUACUCAUGUUUGCAUCUAUAUGAUUAACUAACUUCUGUAGAUACGUACGCUCUAUGAUAUUUAUUAAUAUACUUAUAUUUUGAUGAUCUAAUGACAAAUGGUGUUUUAUUCCAAGUCUCUCUCCGUUCAAAUUUGUGAGAAAUUUAGGACUGAAGUUAUCACAACUGAAGUUUUGAUUCAAGAAAUGGCGAUUUCGUUGUAUUUAUUCAAAGAGAGCCGCCGAAUUAAUACAUAGUUAAAAUUAACACAGCAAAAAAUUUCAAUAUGAAUUCCUAUUAUAAAGGGUCUCUUGAAAUCAUAAGCUCAUCC